AUGACUUCUGGAAGUAAACUGGCGAAUAUUUUAACUUUUAGUAAUGUCAUAAAUGGUCUAGUUAUCGUAAAUGGCGCUUUAUUAUAUACAAUAUACACGAAUUAUAAAGCCAAACGACCAGAGUAUAAGCUAGUAGAGCCACCAACAGAAACACAUCGCAUCAACAUCUACAACUCAAUUGCUUCAACAUAUGAUUCUACUUUCGAACCGAUUUUCGAGAAGAACAAGGUAAACAAGACCAAAAAGGUUAUUGUUGCAAAUGCCACGGGUCACGUAUUGGAGGUAGCCGCUGGUACCCUUGGAAAUCUCAAAUACUAUGGAGAUAUCGAUAGUCUUACUGCGAUAGACAAAAGCGUCCGCAUGUGCGUGGAGAUGAAGAAGAAAGUGGAAAAGGAGAAACCAAAGUUUCCAGUUACUAUAAUCUGUGGAGAUGCUUCAAAAGUGCCUUUCAAUGACUCUGGAUUCAAUACUAUAGUUAGCACCUAUGCCCUGUGUUCAGUCGAGGAUCCAGUUGCAUGCGUCAAGGAAAUCGCAAGGGUUAUGAAACCCGGAGGAUCAUACUUUGCCCUAGAACGAGGUAAAAUUCACUAUUGGCCCAUUAGAAAACUCAUGUCGGCUCUGAGGCUUUAUCCAAACCCAUCAGUGCCAUGGAAAAACGGAUAUUAUGAAGACCGUGAUCCACUGCAAAUCAUACAAGACGGCGGACUGAAAGUUGCCAAGUUUGUCGUUUUUGGGUUUGGAGUAAAUUACUCGAUUUUUUCAAAACGUGACAAUGUAAAGGUUGUACACUUUGCAGAUGGACCAGAGAUUGACCAAGAUACCAAGGUUUUUUAUAGGUAUACUCCGCAGUGA